GAAGAAGACGCCCAAGACACCGAUGCAGACGGCUUGGCCUCCACCGACCUCAGUCAGGUCUCCUCCACCUUGUCCUCCUUCUCUCCCCUGCUUCCACCACCACUCAGCCCCCCGUGUGUCCAGUCGCAAAACUCGAAGCCACUUUUUGCCCGUGACCACCGUCGGACAGAUGUGCCAACGUCACACGUCUCAGCACCACCUGUUCCACCCGGCCUCCUCCCCACACAUGCCGCGUAUUCUCUUUUUACCAUCAGUGGAAAGGUUUCUUUGUGUCUCACAACGCUAG